AACAUCUAAAAAACGUGCAUCAAUUGAUCUUGGUAUCUCCCGUAGAAGCUUAGGCCGUCUUAUGCAGGAUCUAAAUUUAAAACUAUAUAAACCAAGAUUAUUACAAGCUUUAAACGAAGAUGAUCCAGAUCGAAGAACAGAAUUUUGUGAAUGGGUUUUAGAUUCAUUUGAAGAAGAUCCAACUCUAUUGGAUCGAAUUCUAUGGACGGACGAGGCCAUAUUCAAAGUAAACGGUCGUGUUAAUAGACACAAUUGCGUUUAUUGGAGUGAUACAAAUCCACACCUCGUUAUUGAACAAGAACUCACUGUACCACAGGUGGUUGUUUGGGGAGGAAUAUGGUCAAAUGGCGUCGUUGGACCAUAUUUUUUUGAAGGUAAUGUUACAUCACAAAAGUAUUUUCAGAUGUUGAAGGAUAAUAUCAUACCACAACUUGAAGAACAUUCAAGUUUUCAAACAAUGAUCUGGCAGCAAGACGGUGCACCGCCCCAUUAUGGUCAAAUUGUGCGAGAUUAUUUAGAUGAUACAUUCUUACAUUGGAUAGGUCGUCGAGGAACUAUUGAGUGGCCACCACGAUCUCCAGAUUUAACUCCAUGUGAUUUUUCACUAUGGGGAAUUUUAAAAGACCGUGUCUAUGCUCAAAAUCCUUGUAAUACUAAUCAUAUGAAGUCACUAAUCCAACAAGAAUUUAUAUCAAUCAAUGAUGAUAUCGAAUUAUGUCAAAAAAUUUGUCGUUCUGUAGCUGAUCGUUGUCAAAUGUGUAUUAAUAUAGAAGGGAAACAAUUCGAACAUUUGCGCUAA